UUUACAUUUAACAUUUUUUGUUUCACACAUCUAUAAGUAAUUUUUAUUUAGAAUAUUUCCAUAUAAACUUAGUAUGCUCAACAAGUCUUUUGCAAUUACAAUACUUGCGCUGGCAUUGGCAUUGCCGCUGGGCGCAUCAUUUCCAUCAGAUUCGCCAGCCCAGCCCGAAACCUGCCCAUUGGGCGUGAUCUCGUGCUCGACCAGGUCUGUAGGCGUCGACUCUUGUUGCUCACCAACAUACGGUCUGCUGGUUCUGACACAGCAAUGGCACACGGAGCUGGGACCAUCAUAUGAGUUUACACUGCACGGCCUGUGGCCUGACACUUGUAGCGGCCAGCAGACAGGCAACAGCGGCUGCGACAGCUCGCGUUUGUACACCAAUAUCACCGAGAUUGUAAAACCCGACAAUAGCAAUAACAACAAUCCGUUGUUGCUUCAAAAUAUGAACACGUACUGGUCGUCGUACACCGGCGACAACAACAAGUUCUGGUCGCACGAGUGGAAUAAGCACGGCACAUGCAUGACCACGCUGAAUCCUAGGUGCUACGGGUCAUCAUACAUCAAACACAAAGAUGUCAGGGACUAUUUUAACACGGCGUUGCGCCUGCGCAACAAAUACAAUUUGUACGAGGCGCUUUCAGACAAGGGAAUUGAGCCAUCAGAAGACACAAAGUACACGGCGGCCGAAUUCAAGAGUGCUAUUAAAGAAGGGCUUGGGAUAGAAGUGGCUGUUAAAUGCAAGAACGGCGCAUUGAGCGAAAUAUGGGCUUGGUUUAAUGUGAGAGACGCGAUGGUCUAUGUGCCAUCUAAAGAGGCAUUGGUCUCGGACAGCUGCCCGUCGACAUUCAUAUAUCCGCCCAAGGACAACG